CUACCUAGCGCUCCAUUGCUCGAUCCGCCGCCCUGCCCACUCAUCAGAGCAGCGCUGGGAUCCAGGGGAGGGAAUCCAUUUGAUCCACUCGAUCGGACCACCGCCGCAUCAGGGAGACGCCUACCGGAGUCCACAGUCCGCAGCUGCCCAGGAGCCCCACGGUGUGCAGCAGCAGCAGCUAGCUAUCCUAAUCCUAUCCAGCAGUCCGACCGAUGUAGAGAAAACAAACGGAUCGAUAUCCGACUACCGAGCGCAAGCAAUGAAGGAGGCUCUAGUGAGCGCAGCGACCGGGGCGCUGCAACCCGUCCUUGGAAAGCUUGCCGCCUUGCUCAGCGACGACUCCAAACUCUCCCAUGGGGUGCGCAGCGAGGUCGAGCUCCACACCAGUGAGCUCGCCGCCAUAGAAGCGUUCGUCCUCAUGAAAUCGACGGAGGAGGAUCCCAGCACGCAGGACAAGGCCUGGAUGAAGGAGGUGCGGGAGCUGUCCUACGACAUUGAGGACGACCUCGACGAGUUAAUGGCUCCCGUCGGCGGCGACAAACCCCCCGCCAAGCCGAACGGAUUCAUGGACAAGAUUAAGGUCAUGCUGGACCGGACCAAGGCUCACCAUCAGAUCGUGAAGGCUAUCGAUGAACUGAAGAAGAAACAACUAGUCCAUGUAGCCAAAAGGUACAAGAUCCACUAGGCCGUCGCCUCCAGCGCUAGCAAUGCGUCCAACAUUGAUCCCAGAGCUCUUGACAUGUUCGAGGAUAUGUCCAAGCUUGUUGAUGUCGAUAGACACAAGAAAGAGCUCGUUCAACUGUUGGCCGAUUGUGACUCUACGCAACAGCAACCAAACAUAGUGGCUGUUGUUGGGCUUGGAGGACUGGGCAAGACAACCCUCGCAAAUCAAGUGUACCAGGAUCUCAAAGAAUAUUUUGAGUGUCAUGUUUUUAUAUCUGUGUCACAAAAUCCAGACAUCAUCAAAGUUAUGCAUGCCAUUUACAGUCAGCUAAAUAAGAAAUAUUCCCCUGGUAUGGAGGACUUACCACAACUUAUCAACAUGAUUUUGGAGUUCCUCAAAAACAAAAGGUACUUUAUUGUAGUUGAUGAUAUAUGGGAUGUGGAAACAUGGAAGGCUAUCAAGUGUGUAUUUCCCACAAUCAGUUCUAACAGUAACGUAAUGAUCACCACUCGUAUAGAUGAUGUCGCCCAAUCAUGUUGUUCCUCUUUCCAUGGCCAUAUAUACAAUAUAAGGCCUCUUAGUAUGGUGCACUCGAGGAAACUUUUCUACGAAAGACUAUUCAACUCCCAAGAAAAAUGCCCUUCACACCUUGAAGGAAUUUUUGGCCAAAUCUUGGAUAAAUGUGCUGGCUUACCUUUGGCAAUCAUUGUUAUAUUAGGUGUAUUGGCUCAUAGAGAAAGUGAAAAGGAACUAUGGGAGCAAGUGAAUGAUUCAAUUGGUCAUGCCCUAAGAAAUAGUACCAUCAAAGACAUGGUAAAUAUAAUAUCCCUUAGUUACAUGGAUCUUCCUCCUCAUCUCAAAACUUGCCUACUGUACCUGAGUAUAUUUCCGAAGGAUCAUGCUAUCGAGAAGGAGAAUCUGAUAAGGAGGUGGAUUGGCUAGGGAUUCAUUCACAAGAGGGAUGGGUAUACAUUGCAUGAGUCUGGAGAGAUGUGUUUCAAUGAGCUCAUCAAUAGGAGCUUGAUCCGACCUAUGGAGAUAGACAGGACAUUUGGUGAUCAGGUGGAGAGUUGCCGACUUCAUGACACUAUUUUUGAUUUCAUUGUAUCCAAGGCCGUCGAAGAGAACUUUGUUACUGUAAUAGGUGUACCUGGUGUUGUAAAUCCUGACUCAAAGGGCAAGGUUCGUCGAGUGUCUUUGCAGAAUGAUGGAGAGAUUCCACUGGGUCUCGAUGUAUCUCAUGCCCGUUCACUCCAUGUGUUUGGCAGUAAUGCAAAAAUCCCAUCUUUAUUGGAGUGUCAACUCUUGCGUGUUCUGGACUUCAAUGAGUGUUUGCAGUUAGAAGAUGAUCACCUUGCUGGUGUUGGCAAUUUGUGGCACCUCAAGUACUUGAGGUUCAAGCAUGCCCAUGCCCUCACAAAGCUUCCAGAACAAGUGGCAAGGCUGCGGCAUCUAGAGAUUGACAUAUAUGGAUACAACAAAGUAAUGGAAAUCCCUGUGAUCAUCCAACAACAGUUGACCUGUUAUGUAACUCUAUCUGUGGAUGAUUAUGUAACAGUGACGGAUGAAGUCGCAGAAAUGCAGGUACUGUGGGUGUUGGAAGGUCUCAAUGUCUAUACUCAGUCAAUACAGUUUCUCGAGAGGCUUGGCCAAUUGAAAAAUCUGAGGAAGCUGAGCAUAUUAUUCAACAGCUAUGAUUCUGGAGACAAUUGGGAGGAGUAUGCGGAGAAGUUGAUAUAUUCCAUCUGUGAGCUCAGCAAAGCUGGCCUCGAGUCUUUGCACAUCGACAUGAAUGAGGCAACCAACGAGUACUUUGAGGGUCCAUGGUUCCCCGAUCCUUCGUGUGGCCUUCGGGAGCUUACCAUCCAUGGGGGUGUGGUCUCAAAGGUUCCGGCAUGGAUGGCCUCGCUCAUCAAGCUCGAGAAACUAUACAUCCCCAUGGACACGAUCAUGGAGCAAGACGUGGAGAUACUGGGAGCUUUGCCCAGCUUGCACCAUCUUUGCAUUGAGCAUGAUAAGGAUGCGAAACUUGAGCUGAAAGCUGCUAUGGAGAAAGCAAUGAAGGAGCACCCCAAUCGUCCUACCUUGGUUUGGAAAUUUUAUGACUAGGUCCAUUGGCUGGUUUUCAGGUAUCAGUUUCAUUUCUUCAUACAGAACUAUUUCUUACCAUUCGUUGUUUUCUUAUACUUGUAUGUGUUAACCAAGGCGAUGCAGCCACAAAAUUGAAGCCAAGGUGUUUGUUAAACCUCCUAUUUGUACCAGUAUAUUGACAUCUGCCUUUGCUUUUCCAAAACAUGGAUAAAUGAUUGUA